AUGUCAUCUCUCGUCUAUAGUGCAAUCAAAUCUCUCAAUCUCACAAAAGAAGAAAAAGGUGCGCUAUGCGCUUUCUUUCUUAAUAACCCAAAUAAAAGAACUGAAGUAGAAGAUCUCUUUCCUACCCUUGAUGACGAUGAGAUAGUUGAUUGUUUGAAAAAUCUUCUAAAGCCUGGACCCAGAAAAUAG